UUCGUGUUUCGUUUGUAGAUAUCGGGGUCGGGGAUCGUGUCAAGAUCACCUACCUGUACCUAGAUUAGCUCCGAUAGAGUCGUCGUUGUUUUCGUCGGAGUUCAUUGCGUUUGUUGUCUUCGCUCUUCAUCCUAUCCUUUUCCUCAAGUCAGCACCAGCGCACUUGAGUAAGUAGGGCAGCAACCAAACACGGAGCAUGGAUUCACCACGAGCCGACCGCAACCGCGAUGAUCCAGCAGCAAAAGGCGGCCACUCCGUUCUGUUCGCCCCUCGCCGAAGUCAUCACGGCCGCCGGAAUACGGGCGGCGUCGGCAAAGGCAUAAUAUCUGGCUCGGGAGCCGGUGGUGGGGCUCUCGCGUAUCUCAAGAAGUUAGGACGACCAGGGUGCCUACGCUACGUGUUCUUUGCCCUGCUCGUAUGCUUCGUCACGUAUACAAUCCUUCUCAGCAGCGACUCGGCGAGCCAGUCUUUGGAAUCGACCAAAAAUGCCGCGCAUGGAUUCUUGUCCAGAAAGCACCGCUUCAAGCUGCAUCACCAAGAUCCUACCAUACCUGAUCAAGAAGAUGAGUCUGUGAACUAUGACGAGUCUAGCGAGGUCCCGGUCGCAGUGGGCAGUGAUAGCGAUGCAGCGGCGCCGGACGACCCAUCAAACUCAAAUACGGAGAACAAGGCUACCUCGCCUGAGAGCGAGGACCAGAGUGAAAACAAACAAACGCCAAUGUCUUCCAUCACCGGGGAAAACAUGAACGCGACUGAAGUGGCCAAUGCAAUAGCGGACAACGAGCCGGGAGCCCACAACGCACGACUUCCCGCGGCGAUGCUGCCCAACAAGGGCGGUGAAGACAACGCCGUAGCGCAAGCUCAGCAAGCCGCGCCGGCACCAGACUCCGACGCGUCGCGACGACCUGCUUCCCCCGGAGCCGACAAGAAACAAUCACAGUCUCCUACAGGAAACAAAAAGGAUGAUAUCGCAUGGUACAAAGCGCAAUACGAGGCGUUGAAACGUCGCAUGGCAUUGGAGAUGGAGAACGCAGUGCAGGCCGAUCGGGAGCGCCGCAAGGAGGAACUGGAGACGUUGGUCGAAUCCAAGUUAACACAGCGGAUCGCGAACGAGCGCGCAGAGAUGGAGAAGGAAUUCAAGAAGAAGCUUACGCACGAGAUCGAGCAUGUGAAGGGUGAUGCGCGCGAUACGGUUACUUCUGAGCUGGACAAGAUAUUUGCCACUGCCAAUGUCAACCAGCUCAAUCAGAGGAUAUUCCAUCCGGACCUGGCCAACCGCCUGUCCAGAACGAAGCUUGUUGAGUUGACUGGAUUCAAAAUGUGUGAAAUGCUCGACGGGGCCUUGUUUAAUCCCUGGGUGAACCUACUGCCCAUCGGCGGCAGCCUCGUAACCGCCAAUCCCUCCCGCGCGCUCGCAACGGGGAUGCUCGACGCCCUCGCACGCAAAAUCUUUGACAACAUCAACUCCUGGGCCGACGACGACAAGUUCGACAAAGACUCCGUUACCCGAUUCGCAUGUUACAUGGCAGCCCACGGACGGAACGAGUAUGGACUCAUGACCGAUGGCGCCUGGUUGGUGCACAUCAACGGUUCCAAGUAUUUCCAGGACUUGGUCCUCGAAGGUCCGGGAGAUACGCCGCUACAUCCCGGUGUAAGAUAUUUGGGCGUCGAGGGAGAGAGGAAGAUCGCAGAGGAGAAACAGCGUAAGGAGAAGGAGGAUGCUGAAGGUAACCAUGAGAAGAAAAAGGAGCAUCCACAAGAUCCCAACAAUGAACAUAAGAGUGAUGAUAAGAAGGAUGAUAAGGAAGAGCAAAAUAACCAACAUGACGAUGGCCAUCGCAACAACGAUGAUAAAGCCAGGCGUGAACUCGCCGGCGACAGCGGCGAAAACAAGCAAGCCGAAACCAAUAAAGAGCAACCCAAACCGGAUGACCUCACCCGCUUCGACCUCCAGAUCCCCACCCUUGGCUCCGAUGUCACCAAAGACCCCUCAUCGCCACAAGUCCCUCGACACAAAUACAAGAUCGCUUACUUACUUCUUGUCCACGAGCGCCUCGACAUCUUCGAGACCCUCUUCGCCGCGCUGUACAACACCGACGGUGUGUUUCUCAUUCACGUCGACUCCAAGCGUGUGGAUUUCAAACGGAAGGUUCGGGAAUGGUUGAUCAGGCACCCUAUCUACAAGGAUGCGCGGAAUAUUUUCUUGGGCAGAUCAUUCAACCUGAACUGGGGAGCAAGCAGUAUCGUGUUUGGACAGUUGCAGGGGUUCUUUUCCUUGAUGGAUGUCGCUGAUUGGGACUAUGUCGUCAAUUUGAGUGGAUACGACUAUCCCAUCCGCAGCUCGAAGAGUAUUCAUGCCAUUCUUGAGCGUGACCCCGGGAAGGUGUACAUCGAGCACUGGCAAGACCCCGAUACGGAAUGGCGCAUGGAACGCGCCUUUUUCCUCGCCGAGUCCAAGACGUACGUCAAAACACCCACCGCCGCUCCCGACCGUCGUUUCGCGCUGGAUCACCGUUUCCGUCCUAUGAAGCACCACCAAUGGAUGAUUCUUCCGCGCGAUUUCAUCUCCUACCUCCGCAAAUCGCAAGACGCGCACGACCUCCUCGCAUGGCAAGAACACUCCUGGAUCCCCGACGAGUCGUACUUUGCCAUGGUCGCCCUGUCGCCCAAGUCCGGAUACGCCGACAAGAUCAUCAACGAUUGCAAACGCUUCAUCUUCUUCGACAAGGGUGCCCUGCAUCCCAUCUGGAUCCGCGAUGGCGAUGAGCACAAGCUGGAAAAGGGCGCAAAUGUUGAGGUUUCCCUUCCGCCAGAGAAACGUGAUAACGCUACCAACCCCACCCGCGAGUACUUUUUCGUGCGCAAAAUCAACAGCCUGUGGGAGAAAAAGAUUAGUGGGUGGAUGGAUGACAAGAGACGGAAGACGGAUGAGGCAUUGGCGCAGGAGAUCGAAGAGAUCGAUAAACGGUUUUGGAAGAAUCCAGAUGAAACGGGAGAUUAUAGUGUUUAUUGAGGACCUAGAGCUUUCACCAUGACAGAUACUCCGAGACACAUAUUCUGGUCAAUUUUUCUUUUUCUAUUCCCUUUCUCCGCACCAUUGCGGCUUGUAUUCACCUUAUAUGAUUCUUUUGUAAGCUCUACCCUAUUUAUCUAUGGCAAUGAUCCCCAUCGUUUCAUUACAGCUGCGUUGCUGUA